AUAACCAGCGUUGUAUUGUAAUGACCGUUUUUUUGUUUUAAAGACCGAGUAGUACAACGGAGAAAUUCAUCCAUCCAUCCAUGAUCCAUCCAUCCAUCUAAUGUUUCCGUCAGCAGUAAAUACAUACAUCAUCCACUGGGCCCCACACCACGUUUGUUUGUUUAAACAUAACAAUAACAAUAACAUAACAUAUACACAAACCAAACUCCCUCACCUCAAUCUCAUCCGUGCGGGCGCACCUUUAUUAUUGCUCCUCCCUCCUCCUCCUGCCAUUGCCGUCAAGUUAGUUACAAUUAGAUCUCUUCUCUUCAAUGAAAAACAGAUUUUUGUGUCAAGAGAAAAAGAAGCAAGAUUAGACAAUAAUGAAGUUCCUACGCUCAGGGGAGCAGCAAUUGGGAGGAGGAACAGAUGAAACCUACCCUUCAUCUCAUCAAUCUCUUGUCACCAAUCAUUUUUUCUCAGCAAGUAGUGCAAAUUCCUUCCUACCUGGAAAACUUGAUGAUGAUGAUGAUCAUCAUCAUCAUCUCAAGCCCGACACCGGCAAUAUAGAAGAAGCAGAAUUAUCUUUGCGUGAGAGUGGCGGCGUAUUGAACUAUGAGGAAGCUAGAGCACUGCUAGGAAGAUACGAGUAUCAAAAAGGAAAUCUAGUAUCUGCUUUACAUGUCUUUGAAGGAAUAGAUAUAGGUGUUGUGACUCCUAAGAUCAAAAUUGCCCUUUCAAGAAACAAAGAACGCCGCAAGAAACAUUCCCAUAAUCAUGGUGAACCGGAAAUGUCUAUACAUUCUGUCGGCUUACUGUUGGAAUCACUCUUCCUAAAAGCAAAAUCUUUGCAGGCUCUUGAAAGGUUUAAAGAAGCUGCACAAUCUUGCAAAGUUAUUAUGGACAUAGUGGAAUCUUCAUUACCUGAAGGCUUGCCUGAUAACUUUGGUGCUGAAUGUAAAUUGCAGGAGACCGUGAGCAAGGCAGUUGAGCUACUUCCAGAAUUAUGGAAGCUUGCUGAUUGUCCUCGUGAAGCUACUUUGUCUUAUCGGCGAGCCCUCCUUCAUCAAUGGAAUCUUGAUGCACGGACGACAUCAAAGAUUCAGAAAGAAUUUGUUGUUUUUCUUCUAUAUAGUGGAGGAGAAGUAAUGCCCCCGAAUCUGCGUUCCCAAAUGGAUGGCUCGUUUGUACCAGGAAACAACAUAGAGGAAGCUAUACUUCUUCUAAUGAUUUUGCUGAGAAAAGUCUCUCUCAAGAGAAUUGAGUGGGAUCCUUCAAUUUUAGACCACCUUUCAUUUGCUCUGUCGGUUUCGGGAGAUUUAUCGAGUUUAGCUAAUAAUUUGGAAGAAUUGCUCCCUGGUAUUAUCCAUCGAAGUGAAAGAUUCCACACUCUAGCUCUUUGUUAUUAUGGAGCAGGUAAGGACUUGGUGGCACUUGAUCUUCUAAAAAAAUUGUUGAACGGUAGUGAAAUGCCAAAACAUGUUCACGGUUUGUUAAUGGCUUCUAAAAUUUGUUGCGAGAUCCCUACCCUUGCAGAAGAAGGUGUAAGCUUUUCUAAAAGAGCGGUUGAGAGUUUGGACGGAAGAUGUAAGCAGUUAGAACAUGUUGCGAAAUUCUAUCAUGGUGUUUCAUUAUCGGCACAUUCGAAAUUAGCCGUUUCUGAUUUCGAGAAGUUUAAAAGACAAUCAGAGGCACUUCAAGCAUUGGAAACGGCUGGCAGAAUGACCGGAAUGAAAGACCCUCUAGUACUAUACCAUCUCAGUUUAGAAUAUGCGGAACAAAGGAAGUUGGAUGAGGCACUUUAUUAUGCAAAGUGCGUCAUAAAACUGGAAGGUGGUUCUAAUGUUAAAGGAUGGUUACUGUUGGCUCGGAUAUUAUCUGCUCGAAAACAGUUUUUGGAAGCCGAAUCUAUUAUUAAUGCUGCUUUGGAUCAGACUGGCAAAUGGGAUCAAGGUGAUUUGCUGCGAACAAAAGCUAAGAUUCAAAUUGCACGGGGCCAGUUAAAGAAUGCCAUUGAGACAUACAGUCAGCUUCUUGCUGUUCUUCAAAUUCAGAGAAAAAGUUUUGGUUCUUGGAAGAAGCUAUAUAAGGACAACCGAGAUCUUGCUAGGAACUUGGAAGUGGAAAUAUGGCAUGAUCUUGCUCAUGUGUACAUCAGUCUUUCCCAGUGGCAUGAUGCAGAGGUGUGUCUUUCAAAAUCUAAGGCCAUCAAACCAUACUCCGCUUCUAGAUGUCAUGCACUAGGUAUAAUGUACGAAGCAAAGGGCCUUUACAAUGAGGCUCUGAAAGCUUUUGGUGAUGCUUUGAACAUUAAGCCUGGCCAUGUUCCCAGCUCAAUAUCCACUGCUGUAGUACUUAGACGUUGCAGUAACAAAUCAAAUCCGGCAGUCAGAAGUUUUUUCAUGGAUGCACUACGGCAUGACAGAUUGAAUGAUUCUGCUUGGUAUAAUCUUGGCCUUUAUCACAAGGCUGAGGGUACAGUCUCAUCAUUGGUUGAAGCUACAGAAUGUUUUCAAGCAGCACAGUCUCUUGAAGAAUCGACUCCACUCGAACCUUUCAGAUGACAGAUUCUAUAAAAACCACAAGGUGGAUUUAUCAAAGCAGUUUUGUGAUGUUACAAUUUACUUACACUUAGUAUAUUCAUGUAUAAUAUUCAUUGUCUUAAAAAUUCAAUCUAGAAAGUAAUAAAAAAAUAAUUUAAAAAAAAAGGUGGUCCGCAGUAGAACUUGUCAAAACAAUUGUAUGCAAACAAUUUAUAAGCGCCAAAGGAAUACAAAAUUCAAAAUUAUGAUUUGUA